ACAUUAUCUGUACGCUUAGCAUUCAAUCUUAAAUAGUUUCUCAGAUAUUUGAAAUAAUAAUAAAAAAAAUGUUCAGCUCACAUUUCGAAACGUAUGUAACCAGCUUUAGGAAGAACUUUGGACUUAAUUCAUAAAUCCUCGAGGGCGGCCUUGGACCUCGCGCGGUGGACGUCGGGGCCCGGAGGACCGGUCAUCGCGUCCAGUUCGAGCUCCCCUCCCGCCCCUGCAAGAAGCGUCGCGCAGGGAGAGUGCGCGCGGGGGAAAAGAGACAGCGGGGAACCGGAUCGGCGAGAGGACAAACCAGGGCGCUCGGCACGGGAGCAGGUCUCUGCGCGCUGGCGGCCAUGCUGUCGCUCUGCCGCCCGUCGACGGCCGAGUACCGCUACAAGCUCCGCGGGCCGCCGCGGCCCCCGGCGCCGCCGCUGCCGCCGCCCCUCAGCAUCCACCGGCCCGGCAAGCACCCCGCCGCCUUCUACAAGACCAAGUACCCGGGUCCCCGCGUGUCCGGCCCGCUGCUGCGGGGCCCGCCGGCCUUCCUGUUCGACCAGCACCGCCACGCGCCGCGCUUCCACGGGCCCCCGCACCUCGGCCGGCUCAGCCCGCCCGCGCUGCAGCCCCAGGCGCUGCUGUUCGGCCCGCCCGCCGCGGAGCACUUCCCGCCGGCCUUCGAGCCGCACACCACGGCGAGGCCCGUGCUCUACCCCGGCCUGGGGGUGGACGACGACAAGGGCCCCAUACACACCAUCCCGGCGCCCAACCUCAGCCUCCUGGACAGGCCGCACGGCGGCGCGCCCGCCUACCCUCACGCCCUCGGCGAGGGCUUCCCCAGCCACGUUGCCCAGCCCGCGCACAGCCUGGUGUCGGCGGCGCAGCAGCCGUCCCAACUCGCCGCAGGGGCGUACGCCGGGUCCGGAGGCGUGUCCAUCCAGCCGUCCAUCAGCUACCAGGUCCGCGAGGAGACCAACGACCACGCCGGCGAGACCUACGACGGCAAGCCGGUCUACUUCGCGCCGGACCCCGACCCCAACCUGCCGGCGCCGAAGAUACCGCCGACCAACGACCCGCACUCCGUGCCGAGCAACGGCCGGUCCCCGGCGGAGCUGCUGGUGCACCACCUGCAGUCCCAGGGCACCCCGCUGCAGCUGUUCGAGACCAGCACCAACGUCAUGCACGACGGCCAGUCGCUGUCGUCGCAGGACCUGUACCGCCUGCUGCAGGGCUCGCUGCCGCAGCAGCAGCAGCUGCUCGACACGUACCCGCUGCCGCUGCUGCAGCAGCCGCAGCUGCAGCAGCACAUCCUGCAGCAGCAGGCGGCCGGGUUCCCCCCGGCCCUGCUGCAGUUCCGGCAGCACGGCGAGGUCGCCGACAACUCCCUGGCGCUGCGGUCCGGCGGAGAGGAGUUCCGCCCGCAGCUGCAGUCCUUCAGCUACGAGGAGCACGCCGCCGACCAGGCGCAGUACUCGUCGCGGCCGCACUUCACCCAGGUGCUGGACCAGGGCGACGAGGAGGCGGCGGGCAGCGCCCCCGAGCCCCAGGUGGUGCGCGGGACCGGCGAGGCAGCCGGCGGCGCAGCGCGGGAAGGCCAGGACAGCGCCAACGAGGUGGAGGACCCGGGGAAGGCCGCCCUCUACUCCAAGGUGGCGCAGGGCGCGCAGCUGUACUCGUCGCUGCCCAGCCGCGAGGCCGCGGAGGCGCUGGCGACCCUGGCGGCCGCCGGGAACGUCAACAGCCACUUCAUGAGCCGGCUGAACGGCGAGUCCUCGCCCGAGGAGGACGACAACCAGGGGUACGGUGAGGAGGAUCAAGAUCAAGAUCAAGAUCAAGAUCAGGAGCAGGAGGAGGAGGAGGAGGAGUACGACAACCAGCCGUCGUCGACGACCGCUCCUGCCACCACGACCCCGGGCCGUAGGCUGCCCCAGACGUACCAGCAGCAGCGGCAGAGGUACCAGCCGCAGCCGGCCAGGGCGCAGCUGACCGGGUACUACCAGGUCGGCCAGGAAGAAGAGGCGGACGAGCCGUCCAGCGAGGACCCGGAGGCCGGCCAUGAGCUGCAGUUCGGCGCGCGGAUCAGGCCGAAGCGAGACGACGGCAGCGGAGACUAGCUGCCUUCCGGUGCCCGCGGGUCGACCAGACAACUCGCACAAUCAGACUCUGACACUAUCACGUCGAUCACUGAACACACGUGACUUCUGUACUUGCCGACCGAGGAAUCUCACUUUUGUUGGUAUGCAAUUCUUAAAGAAAUUUGGUUUCGUUAAAGUAAUUAAUUUAUCGUAUCGUUCCUAUGUACACGGUAGUUAUAUGUAACUAGUGGAGGAUGGGAGCAAAUAUUUGCUCUGAAACAAAUAUUUAUUAUUAAAAAGCAUUUGGUGUGACAUAUAUAUGUAUUUAUAUCAAUGUUCAGCGAAUGAAAGAGUUU